AUGGUGUCCCGAGUCGAGGCUCUUGAAGCCCUCCACUACGCCAGUGCUCUGGGCGGUGUUCUCGCGGUCUCUGUUUCGACUCUUUCGCGACUCGGCCGAGUGACGGAGAAGAGAACCCAUUCAGUACCACGACGCUCAUCGAUACUAUCAACACCAUCAACAUUUCUCUUUGCUCUCAUUUUCAUCUCUUACUUUGGCGAGACAGUAAUUGCUGCCACGCAACGCAAUGCUUUCGAGAAGGAGAAAGCCCAUUUCGUUCAUCUCAUUCUCUCCAUUUUUAUUUGGUCAAUAGUUGCGAUCCGUCGCAGCAACGCCCGCCGUCUCCUAUGGGGUGUCUCUGGAAUCACAGUUGCACUUGAAUGCUCAAUUCUGGUCUUGACCGCUCUCAGCAAGCCCAUUUCUUCUUGGAAUAUUGUCAGCCUCUGCUGCCAAGCGGUCAGAAUCCUCGCUGUGGUACUUAUUCUGGUUGACGACACCAGGCGGUCCCUGGGCAAGAAGGCAGACUUCACCACUGAAGAAAGCCAACCUUUUCUUUCCGCGCAAUCUAAUGGCGACGUAACCUCCAACGGGUACGGCAGUGUACCCUUCACCGACGACACCGAGACCGAGGUGGCCAGCAAGGACUCGGAUGACGACUCGGACGAUUCCGACGACGACGGCGACGACACUGCCAGCAUCAAACGCCGCCGAGCCAAGCGACUCAAGGAAGCAGGCGGCUGGCUGGGAUAUCUUCGCGAUUUCAAAGUCUUCCUUCCCUACCUGGUUCCGAAGAAAGAUCGAAAGGUCCAGCUGUCCAUCUUUGUUUGUUUCCUUUGCAUCGCAGGCAAGAGGGCGUUGAACAUCUUGAUCCCAGCUCAGUUGGGUAAAGUCACCGAUGAGCUUCUCAACAAACAGGCCCCAUACGGUACCCUGGCUGUCUGGCUGGUACUGUCCUUGAUCGACGACGACGCCGGUUUGGGUCUCAUCUUGUCGCUGGCCAAGAUCCCUAUCAAGCAGUUCUCGUACCGGCAAGUCACCAACGCAGCCUUCGGUCAUGUCAUGGGUCUUUCCAUGGAAUUCCAUUCUGAGCGUGACUCUGCCGAGGUGAUGAAGGCUAUCGAACAGGGCGAGUCUCUUACCAAUCUCCUGGAGACCGCCGUCAUUGAGAUUCUGCCCACCGUUGUCGACCUUUUCAUCGCUUUCUGGCUGCUCUACUGGAAGUUCAACGUCUGCGUCGCACUCGUCAUGGCGGUGGCAUCCGUAGCUUUCAUGUCGCUCGAGGUUUAUACCUCGAACAUGAACAUCGGCAACCGCCGCGCUUCGAGCAAGGCGCAGAGAGAGGAGGCCAAGGUCAUGCACCAGGCUGUGCAGGGAUGGCAGACCGUCACCUACUUCAACAUGUUCGGCUACGAGAAGCGUCGUUUUGGACAGGCUGUCGAGUCACAACUUACGGCCAGCCGCAAGUAUGGUGUUGGAGAUGCACUGGUUCAGGGCCUCCUCGAGAUGACAGUCCCCGUCACCUUCUUCGUUCUCGCUAGCAUGGUUCUCUACGAGAUCUCUCAAGGCCGAGGCACCGCCGGCGACUUCGUCUUCCUUCUUCAGUACUGGGAUUAUCUCAUCUGGCCGAUGAAAUUUCUUUCGCAUGAAUACCGAUACCUCAUGAACGACAUGGUUGACGCGGAACGUCUGUUGAAUCUUCUUCAGACCAAGUCAACCAUCGUCGAGAAGGAGGAUGCUGCAGACCUUCGCCUCAUCAAGGGACACGUCGCUUUCGAGAACGUCAGCUUCGCCUACGACCCUAGAAGACCGACAAUCCAGGAUCUUAGCGUCUCGGCUGCACCAGGACACACCGUGGCCCUAGUCGGCGAGACCGGCGCCGGAAAGUCAUCCAUCAUCAAGCUCCUGCUGCGAUUCUACGACGUCACCUCCGGCCGCAUCACCAUCGACGGUCAUGACAUCCGAGACAUCACUCUCAGCUCCCUCCGAGAUGCUCUUGGUGUCGUCCCGCAAGACCCCUUGCUCUUCAACGCGUCGGUGAUGGAGAACCUGCGCUACGCCCGCCCCAUGGCUACCGACGAGGAGAUCUUUGAGGCAUGCCGGGCCGCUGCCAUCCACGACAGGAUUCUUUCCUUCGCAGAUGGGUACCAAAGUCGCGUCGGCGAACAGGGUGUCAAGUUGUCUGGUGGAGAGAUCCAGAGGUUAGCGAUUGCGCGGGUCUUCUUGAAAGACCCGCCAAUCCUGAUCCUGGACGAGGCCACCAGCGCCGUCGACACGAAGACGGAGGCGAGCAUUCAGAGUGCUUUGGACGUUCUGAAGAGUGGGAGGACAACAUUUGUCAUUGCGCACAGGUUAUCGACCGUGGUCAAUGCAGAUAAAAUCAUAGUUGUCCAUGAGGGACGGAUAGUUGAGAGCGGGUCGCAUAAUGAGUUGCUCGCGCAGGACGGGAGAUACAAGGACCUCUGGACGAGGCAGAUUGGAGGUACAUCCGAAAAGAAAUAG